AUGAAUAUUCAAUUGGCAAUAUUAUCAUUAACGAUGAAUAAUGAUGUAUGUAGAUUGAUACUGACAUCAACAAAUGAUGGUAAUAUUUCGGAAAUGUUUGAUUAUUAUUUUGAUGAACAAACAAUUGAUGGCCAUUAUCGGCAAACAGAAUUACAAUUUUAUCAACAAAUAAUGCAAUCAAUGAACAUUUCCAUUGGAAAUGAAAUUCUAUUAAUCAGUAAUUAUGGACGAGAUUUAAAAAUGGCCAAAGAAAAUGGCAAUUUUCAAACAUUGUUAUUAUUACGACCAUUGGUUAAUCAGCAACCACCAAGAUCAUAUUAUUUGAUUCGUUUUGCUCAUACCGAUAGCCUUGGACGAAUUGAAUUUGUUUAA